AUGGUCGCCACGUCCCGCCUGGCCCAUGGACGCGCCAGCCUGGCCCCGCCGAAUCCGCCGACGCAGCAGCCCAGCCGAGACGCGCCCUGCACCGAGCCAGAGUCUCGGUCGGCCUCGCGCAUGCGCACCGCAGCGUUGGUGGGCUGGUGGGGCCCCGCCGUGCCGGAGGACACGGACGAAGGACUCGCCGCUCCGCGCCGCGGCGUGCGGCCCGCGGCAGAGCCGCCGCAGGGGGCGGCCCAGCACGACUCGCCCCGCGCCCCGCGCGUGCACGCGGUGCCGAUGGCGGUGGCACCGCCGCCGUCUGCCGAGGAGUUCGCUGCGAUGAUGGAGGCGGACAUCCACGACCUCUUCGACCUCCCAGCGAUGCCCGCCCUGGCGCCGCCGCUGCUCCAGUCGCAGUGGCCUUCACGCGGCCUCUGGGCCGACAUCCAGAGCAUGUCGGCCUCGGGGUCGGUGGCCAGCGCGGGCCAGUGA